CAUGUUGUUGUGAUCACAGACCGGUUUAUCCCGGCUGCUGGCUGCUGCCUGGCCUGGUGGCUGCUGCUGCUGGAGAGAUGUGGCCCUCAGGAGCGGCUGGGGCCCCUGGUCUCCAGCGGGGCUGUGUUACAGGUCACCAAUGGAAUGGUGCAUGUUGUCAUCUGUCACCACAAAGAGGGAAUAUCUGAACCCCCCAUCAGACAGCAGGAAUGGCGGUGGAGGAGCCCACAUCCCCCACGUGUGGGAUCACCCCAUUUCAGCAGAUUCUGGCCUCUGGCACCGGAGCACUUCUCACAUCUCUAUUUGUGACCCCACUGGAUGUUGUAAAGAUCAGACUUCAAGCACAGAAAAAGCCAAUUUCCAAAGUGUUGUCUGUAAAGUCCCUUCCCUGGGCACCCCCCAUGCGCCAUCCCAAAUGGCGCUGUUUCCUGUACUGUAAUGGGCUGAUGGACCAUCUGUUUGUGUGCCAGCAUGCCACAGUCUGCAGUUCUUGGUACCGGGCACCCAUGCAUUUCCAUGGCACCUUGGAUGCUUUUGUGAAAAUCACACGCCAUGAGGGGCUGACCUCCCUUUGGAGCGGGCUGCCGCCUACAUUGGUGAUGGCUGUACCUGCUACCAUUAUAUACUUCACUUGUUAUGAUCAAUUGCGAGAUUUCCUGCGCUACGGGCUGGGAUACAAUGGAAGCCAUAUUCCUCUUAUUGCUGGAGCAGCAGCUAGAUUGGGGGCAGUUACAGUGAUCAGUCCGCUGGAAUUGAUCCGUACAAAGAUGCAGUCGCGGCAACUCUCUUACAUGGAACUGGGGGUAUGUCUUCGAUCUGCUGUCUCUCAGGAUGGAUGGCUGUCUCUUUGGAAGGGAUGGGGGCCUACUGUGAUGAGAGACGUUCCAUUCUCUGCUUUGUACUGGUUUAAUUAUGAGCUGGUAAAGAAGAAGCUGAGUACCUCGUGGACCAUUACAGAGUCUCCAUUCCUGAUCAGCUUUACUGCAGGAGCCGUGUCUGGAUCUGUGGCAGCAAUCCUCACUCUGCCUUUUGAUGUUGUAAAAACUCAGAGACAAAUAGAACUGGGGGACCUUAAAACGGGCCCAUCCAGACAGCAGAGAUCUUCCACCUGGGGGGCAAUGCGUACAAUCCGAGCAGAAUUUGGAACCAGAGGUCUUUUUACAGGAUUCAUGCCCCGUGUCAUUAAAGUAGCUCCAGCGUGUGCUAUUAUGAUCAGUUCAUAUGAAUUUGGGAAGAACUUCUUCCAGCAGCGCAACCAGGAAAAAUGCACGAAUAUCUGAGAUUUGAGCUCUAGAAAAGCAGGACAAACUCUGCGUCCUUUUUGAAACUAUGCUCUCGAUUUCCCACCUUGCCUAGAGUGAAUAGGCCUUUUAAAACAUUCGAUUAUACCAGGCAUUUUCAGAAACAUGUAAGCGAUCCAAUGAAAUGCAGCUGUAGAAAGCGAAACGCGUUUUCUAGAUCCCGACCAAGCAACCACAACAGCUGUACAUCUUACACAUAGAUAUGAAAUCACUGAUCUGUCUUAAGUACGGGAGAUGGACAAAACAAUGGAAGCACUAUCUAGAAAAUAAGUUUAACUAAAUUAGAAAUGCUGUUUCUAAUGCACAUUAGUGUCUUAUUAAUUUAGCCGUAUGAGUUGCUUCUAAAACAAUUGGCACUUGGAUUUUUUUUCAAAGCGGACAGGAAACUAACCAUUCGAAUUAGGCUAACGAAUUGUAUAUGAAUUACAGAUCCUUUAGUCACAGCCGAAAUUCAACCGAAAUAGGUCUAUUUCAUAGAUGCCACAAAAAAUGAACACAGAACGGAACCUUUGUAACGAAGUCUCAACGAAGCUUGUGUGUCAAAUGAAUACAAAGCUGAAGUUUACAGCAGGACUGCCUCUCAGUAGCCGCUAAUAUCUAAAGACCACGCACAAAGAUGCAUAACUUGGUAUAAGGAGCACAAAACCCACACGAACAGUGGAACAAAUGUGUUCCUAUGGGUCUUCUUUCACCAUGUUUCCCCGCAGUCCAGUGGGUUUCUAGUAACGGCACUAGCACUGUAGUGCGAGUCUUAAGGUCAGAUGAUGGCUGUGAAUGGCGAAGCUCUAAGAUGCCUUUUGUUUUGUUUUUUAAGAACUUCGUGCCUACCAUGGUGCAAUCACUGUAGCUUGACAAAGUUCUUGCAUUGGAGGAUAAUAAAGUUCCCAUUGAUAUUGAUAGAUAAAUUCAAGAAUGGUUUCAUCAUAAAAUCCAAUGACUUUCAUGGGCUCACCAAUUACCAUGUCCAAAUAUUACUAAAAUGUUAUGGGACAUUCUGGAGUGUGAAUUUACAUCUUCAUCUUUCAAACAACUUUUUACAUAGUGAUGUAUUUCACCAACCUUCAAAGUCUGUUUUAGGGGUGUUAAAGAAGCAUUGGAACUGAUCUGGAAGUAAAGUGUGGCCGUACUGCAUUUUUAGCUGUUUAAAAAGGUGUUUCCCUUGAUUUUGUCCACCUUCUUGUCAUAUCUGGUGGAAAGGGACUUUGUUAAAAGAGCUUAAACUAAAUUCUAUAGGCAUUUUGUUUUUACCAAUGAUGAUUACAAGUAUGUAGCUGGCUGUGAUAAUGAAUCUAGAAUUCAUUAAGAUUUUAUCAUAAAAGGGUAUCAUAGAAACCUAGUCAAAAGGCUGUGGUACUGGGAACUAACCACUUGAUCCACAACUACAGUGUGUACAACUUCAGGAACAAUAUCCUAGUGCUUUCCAAUAUUGAACUAGGAGAUUCCUGUGCAAAAACAAGAAAACCAAAGAACUUCUCUACAGUCCAAAAGUUGUUUGCAUAAUCUAACAGUCUGCUGCCUUGUGAGUGCAUUGAAACACAGGCUACAAAAAUAAAUGGACUUCUGGUUCCAAGUGAACGUUGGUCUUCAACAUGGAAUUUUGGCUGAAGAGCUAAUGAGUGAGGACUGAUAUGCCAGAAAAACUGACAGUGGAACCAGACUCGGAAUCACAAGACUUAUCUCUUAGAGAACAAAAAAAAAAAAAAAAAAAAGCUUGGACUUAAAGUUGCCUAUUGAAAGUCUAGAAUACCGAACUUGUUUCUAGAAAGAUGUCUGGUCUCCCAAGAUUUCAAGUUCACCUCUUGAUCUUUUCUUUCCUGCAAGUCCUUGCCUUCCGCACUUCCUUUCCCCCCACCUAAAUAUAAUGGGCAGAUGUUCAGCAGAAGCACCAUGCAUGAUCAGGUCUCCUAGAAGUGCCUACACCCUAUAUUUAGGUAGCAACUCAUUUGUUUCAGUUGACCUAAUGAUUCAUCUUAAGUCAGGGAGGGUAAACUGGUAUGUAUACCCCUUUUCAUUCCAAAUCAAAAAUUGUGUUU